AUGGAAAUGUCAAAUCAGCACAUAAAGAGAGAGAAGCGAGCUAUAUGGAUCGCAGAUGGACGGCCGCGAGGAUUUUGCUACAUAACAUUUGCGGGAUAUAAAAAAUCAAAGCGCCUCUUCAGAAGAGAGUUGGAUAAUGCCAGAUAUCUAUACAUAAAUAAGCAAUAUGAUGAUCUUAUGUCUGCCGCAGAAAUAGACACUGGGACAUUCUUUAAGGCAAUUCGUGCAAAAAAGUCUCCGAAAGAAUCAUGCCGUGAACUGCGCGUAAAUGGCAAAAUUGUACGUGACCCCGAUGCACUAAGGAAUGUAUGGUACCAACACUACAAAACUCUAAGUUAUCCUGCACAAAUGGAACAUUUUGAUGAAGCAUUUAAAAAUCGAAUCGAAACGGAAGUAGACGAUAUCCGCGUACGGUCGUUUACGCAUGUUGAAACAAUUCUAGAUACACAAAUAACUAAAGACGACAUUUUGUUUGAACUCAAACUGAUGAGCAAAGCCGUUGGCAAUUCCAAAUGGCCAAAAGGAGAAUAUGGGCUCCCUAUGUCCGCCUUCGGCUGUCCCGAGGAAGACAGUUUUGGCUGGAAUAGUGGAUACGCCAAUCUAACGUUGCCAGAAUUGUCAAGUAAACAGCUAUGGAACGAUUUGGAUGACGUCACCGUUGAACCACACAUCAUGGGACCAUUCCACGAACAUAUCAUGCAAUUGAACUUUUGUUUGAAGCAAAAGAUUUCCUUGACCAAUGACUCCGAUAAAAAUUGGCCUCAAGGCAAAUACUGCCUUUACAAAGUUGGAAAUACAUGCCCAACGGAAGACUUCACUGAAGGAUCAAUUACGGUACACGGGUAUUUGUUUGACGACACAGACCUUGGGGGAGUCUUGCCGAAUAUUACUCUCGGCACAGGAAACUCGUCACUUCAGCUUCAUUUCUGCUGUAGAAAAGAUGGGGAAACAGAGAAUUCCAUCUCCCUACCAAACACGUUUCCAUUCAUUCUACUGAAGGGAAAUACUGCGGGCAGUUGCCAAGCGGUCGAUCAAAUGGAUGCAAAGGAGGAAGUUUUCUUUAUGACUAACGACAGGAAUAACUGGGAGUUUUCCGGCGAUUUUCCUGAUGUCAACAUAUCUUACAGACAUGUCGGAAUACCAUACUGUUACUAUACGUCGAACGAGCGGAGAGAAUGUUACUAUGAGAGUGACGAAGGUGCGUCAUAUUCCGGAAGUCAGAACGUGACCGCACGUGGUCAAGCAUGCCUCCACUGGGUGACGCUUCCCGAUGGCUAUUUCAAUAAUAGUGUUCAAUGGCACUAUGAACUAGAGGAAAACUUUUGCAAAAAUAUGGAUUUAUCGUUAUAUUCUUUGAAACCUAUGUGCUUCAUUGAUAUGGAAUGGACCAGAGAAUACUGUGAUGUCCCUAUAUGCGAGGAAAUACCCGGACUAGAGUUUAUAGAAGCACGAAAGCCUGUUUAUACUUCCACGUUCGUCGAUUCAUAUGGUCCGUUCUUCGCCGUUGAUGGGAUUGAUUUUGGAUCAUCGUUCAUCACGUUCAGACCACAGGCGAAACCAUUCCUACAGGUCGAUCUACAGGAGUGGUAUGACGUACAUGCGAUACAGGUAUACCGAGGAGCCAUAUGGUUUCCAGUAAAUUUCCGCAGUGUUGGGACAUUCGUGAGUAAGAAUCAGUGGGACUUUCUAGACUAUGGAGCAAUCCGAUGUGAUGAUGUGAGGUUUCCUGCCAGAAAAAAGAUAUUUCGAUUCCAAUGCAAGCGUCCCGUCAUUGGCCAAUUUGUCAGCGUCAGAAAUUUCGAUGAUACUAAUUCAUACACAAAAUACGGAACGUUUCACAUACUGGAAAUUACAGAGAUCAAAGUACUGGGGAAAAAAACACAAUAUGGACAGCCAAUGGGAAUGAUCACAGGAGACAUAUUUGACUACCAAAUAAAUUCCUCAUCAAAUAGCAUGUUAACAGUUAACGCCAACGACGGUCGACUGCUGCUGCCGACGGGAGGAUGGUGUCCUUCGGAUCAGGAUGAACAUCCAUGGUUUCUGGUUGACCUUAUCGUCCCCACUGUAAUCCAAGGGCUACUUAUUCAAGGAUGGGACGACAAAGGGGAGAGGAAACUUGUUAACUCAUUUAUUCUUAAAUACGGAAAUGACUUUCAUAGCUUACAUCCAUAUGAGGAUCCGAAAGGAACUGUUAAGAUUUUUAAAACAAUGGAUCACUAUGAGAGUACAGCAGUCCACCGCUUCAUACUGAGCAAUGAGGUGCUUGCCCGCUUCAUAAAGAUAGACAUACUGAGUGUUAAAAAUCAGGCCUGUCUGAAACUGGAAUUAGUUGGGCGUCCCAAACGAUUUAUCCGAGAUAUACAUUGUGGAACGGACACGUUUGAUUUUGGCCAUGCGGAAUUGCAGUAUAUCUCGUGGUGGGUUCCUGCAUCUACAAAAGAUAUAUACAACCACACACGAUUGGAGGAAUGCAGACAACUUGUGAUCGAUCAAAAGAAAGUGUCAUAUUACUACGAUGAGAAGCUUCAGACAUGCGUGGUACAGAGGGCCUAUAGAUAUCUAAGGGAGUUUGCUGAUUCAUGGGUUCGAAAUACUGAUCCGGAUAUUUUGAAUGGAGAUACAACCAUUUGCUCAGACGUUCUGAAGAUUUAUGACGACCCUGCAACACCAAUAAUUAUCUCUGAUGAAAAGACUUUCUCUUUGCAACUUUUUGAGAAAUCGAAAAUCGUAUCGUCUGUUUCAACUCUGUUCAUAGACCUUAAAUCGUGUAUUCUAAAUAAAAUGGCUGGUGAAAGAACAUUUGAAUUUCGUGUGAAACAAAGUGAUAUACCCGGAUGUGGAAUGACCUCAGGUAUUUGCAUUGGUACAUGCACACUUCCGACAGCGUACAUCGGUACUCCGGGAUACCCAUCGGAUAUUUCUUUAUUGACCUCAUGUAGCUGGAGGAUCGAGGGAAUAUUUGGAGUUUUUAUUCGUCUAGAAAUAUUAAAUCUCGAUGUCAUAGAUGACCAAGGUUCGUGUGAAAAAUCCUUCCUGGCUGUUUACGAUAUCCAAUUUGACGGCAGGACGCAAUCCUUAUUAGCAAAAAUGUGUCGGAGUGAUCGAGUUUAUUAUGAACUAACAUCCAGCUGGCAUUACAUGCAGAUUGAAUUCCGUGCUGGAGACGGUGCGGGACGAGGGUUCUUCGGCAAAUAUGAAAUGGUCGACUCCAUUCAAGCGUCAUACAACAUCACAGGUGAAGAUUGUUUACCAGAAUGGGUCAAAUUUGGGACCAGUUGUUACAAGCUCUUCAAGGAAACAAACCUUACAUCUGGUGUUACGUGGAUACAGGCAAGAGACCAAUGUCACGACGUUGGCGGAUAUCUCGCGUCGAUUGGAUCGAAAAAGGAAAUGACUUUCAUUCAUUAUCUGAUGACAAAGAUUUGGGGCAACUCUGUCAACGGGGAGGCGUACAUAGGAUUAGAGAAGCUGCUGAUUGACGGUGCUAUACACUAUAGAUGGCUGGAUGACACGCCGUUGACAUACACAGCUUGGUACAAAGAUCCCAUUGAACAGAAGUCUCAGCCGGAUGGUUUGUCUAGUGAGAGAUGUACAGUCAUACGAUUGGGAAGCAUUCGAACUAUUGAUAACUGGCAUGAUAUAGCUUGUGCCUACGACCAGAUUCCAAGCUUUAUAUGUGAGAUGGAGUCUCCUUUCAACAAUAAAGAAUCCAUCGACAUUAGGAAUUUACCGAACAUAUUCUGGACCAAGGAGUCUAACUAUUCUGUGUUCCCAUGUUCUGAUGGAGAAUUCAUUUCGCGGGCAUUUAUUUGUGAUGGACGGAAUGAUUGUCACGACAAAAGUGAUGAAUAUGGAUGUGCCUCAACUGCCAAUUCCUGUGCGUCAAACCAGUUUCGGUGUGAAGAUGGACAGUGCAUAUCUCUCACUCUUUAUUGUGACUUCAUUGAUCACUGUACAGAUGGUUCGGAUGAAAGGUCGUGCGUCUAUGCGUCAUGUAAGGAAGAUGAAAUUCGCUGUAGCAACGGCCAGUGUGUAGAUGAUCAGCUUUUCUGCGACUUGAAAGAAGACUGCUUAGAUGGAACUGACGAAGACAAUUGUGGUAUGAUCUUAGCUGGCGGAUAUUUAAUUUUCAAUAUCUGCAGGUAUCCUAACUUCCUUUGCUAUGAUCAAACAUGUAUUAGAGAGUCUCGUCAAUGUGACGGUACCAUAGAUUGCAGUGGACUUCUGUACGAAGAUGAGAGUCAGCAAUGCCAGCUUAGUGUUCAGUCAUCAUGUGCUUCAAUGCUGGAUCUUGGUGUCAACAGCGAUGGCGAAUACUUCAUUAAUUUCGGAAUGGAAAGUCCAGUAAAAGUUGAAUGCCAAUUCCAAGCCAUGGGACAAGAUAACACAUUGGUGAGGACAAUUAUACACCAUGACCAAGAGGAAGAAGUCAUUAUUAGGCAAGAGGAAUUGAAGCGAGAUAUCACGUACAUGAUCCCAAUGUCAUACAUCGACCAUAUCAAGUUGGAUAACAUUUGUCAUCAGGAAAUCAGCUACGCUUGUCACAUGUCAUUUAAUAGAAAUUUUGGCUUCUACGGACGAGAUCAUGUUUGGCGUGUUGCCAACAUUGAAGGUCAACCCAAUGGAACUUGCUCUUGUCCCCUUUUUGAGAAAUGUGACAUGUCGCAGCCAAGAUGCAAUUGCACAUCGGAUGUGAAUGCUUGGUAUGAAGCUGGCAUUAAUGAUGUGUUUCGUGACACCGGUAUCAUAUAUUCGACAUCAGUAUUACCCAUAGCACAUUUUGAAGUAGAACUAGGAGCCGGGGUGGAACAAUACACAUCCUUCACUGUCGGACCCCUUAUCUGUGAACAUGAAGAAGCAUCCAUUUCCAAGACUUUUCGAUGCCGGAGUGGUAUUUCUAUAGCCAAUCAGCAGAUAUGUAUUCUGGACUAUGACGAGUAUGGGGAAAUACAAGGUUGUAGUGACCUCUCACAUCUGGACGAUUGUGAUGCAUUUGAAUGUCCACCAGACCACAUUAAGUGCGCUCGAGGUUACUGCAUUCCGGUUCGCUAUGUGUGUGAUGGUAUAUCUCAAUGCUCUGGCGGGGAGGAUGAGGCAAAUUGUGAUCGGUCUUGCGCUGGUUUAUUUAGUUGCCAUGGCAAUGACGUAUGUGUUAGCCAAAGUCAGGUAUGUGACGGUAUAAAACAUUGCACAGAAGGAGAUGAUGAAGUGCUGUGUGACAUUGAUUGCCUACCCGGAUGUAGCUGUCAGGAUCUUCAGAUGUCGUGUAUAGGGAUUUUAUUCUAUUUAACUGGUAAUGUUACAGUCCGUGGACAUAUCAGGAAAUUUUCUAUCAGAAAUGCCGAUUUUUCAGCCGGCGUACCCAUUUUUGAAACGUUUAUGCUGGCAGAGCUAGACUUAUCUUCUAACCAAAUAUCACGUCUAACUCCAGACACUUUCUAUAAUCUUGAUAAUCUCUACCACCUGGAUUUAAGUAACAACGCUCUUACUGUACUUGUUGCAAAAACCUUCCAAAAUCUCCACAAACUUAUUUCUCUCAAUCUCGAAGGAAAUAGAUAUCUAAACACUAUUACUCCUGGCGCUUUGCUUGGUCUUGUCAUGCUUCCGAUGUUAAACGUAAGACAAACGCAAUUGAAAACGCUUUCAGCAGGGAGUUUUCGCGGAUUACGGGACCUGAAGGUUUUGAAUCUUACUAACAACUUGUUAGACGACGUUCAAAACGAUGCGUUUUCUGUUCUUACUGAUCUCAUUGUGCUUGAUAUCAGAGGAAACAGGAUAUCCAAAUUUUCGGAUGGAAUUUUCAAUGGUCUCGCCAGUUUAAGAGAACUAUAUACAGACGCGUACAUGUUCUGCUGCUUAAAGCCUAAUUCUGUGACCGAUGCAAAUUGCGUACCCUAUCAGGAUGAAUUUUCUUCGUGUUCAGACCUUAUGAGAGAAGAUCAUCUGAGAGUUUUUAUUUGGAUCAUCGGGGUAUGUGCACUUAUUGGAAAUUCAGGUGUGGUUAUAUACAAAAUCAUCUUCGACCAGCGCAGUCUUGUAAAAGGCCAUGGGAUUUUGAUACUAAACUUGGCCGUUGCAGAUUUCCUCAUGGGUAUAUACCUGCUGAUAAUAGCGAUUGCCGAUUCCAUCUAUAGAGGCCAGUACAUUUGGAACGACCUCUACUGGAGAAACAGUGUCCAAUGUAAACUAGCAGGUGUUCUUGCAACCAUUUCUAGCGAAGCUUCUGUUAUGUUUCUGCUCCUCAUAACAAUAGAUAGAUUUGUGUCAAUAAAAUUUAUGUUGAAGCAAUAUUACUUCAGCAAAAGGAAAAUUAUCUUUUCCUGUCUUGCCGUUUGGUCUCUGUGUUGUACCCUUGCACUAAUUCCGUUGUUGCCUAUAACCUACUUUUCUGGUCAGUUCUAUUCACGCUCUGCGGUGUGUUUGGCACUCCCUCUCACACGGGACAAACCGGAUGGAUGGGAAUACGGCAUGGCAGUCUUCAUUCUCUUGAACUUCAUCAUUUUCAUCAGCAUCGCUAUUGGCCAGGUAUUGAUAUACAAAGAAGUAUCCACCACCGACAAGGUUCUGAAAUCUCAGAGACGCGUACAGGACGCCGCCAUUGCUAGAAGUCUAUUUCUAGUGGUCUUCUCUGAUUUCAUGUGCUGGUUUCCGCUCGGAGUUAUGGGACUUUUGGCAUUUUCUGGAAAUCGGAUUUCCUCUGAGGUCUACGCCUGGACUGCCGUAUUUAUAUUACCAGUCAACUCGGCCCUCAAUCCCGUGCUGUAUACGUAUUCAGGUGUUGGACGACAAAAGAGAAUCCUGCAACGCAGCACAAAGAACCUGUUCUAUCGAACUUCGUCAUCGUUUACUACACAAUACGCGAAGUGGAUUGACAUCUGUGAUUGCAACCAUUUUGUUAUUGGAGCCAGAAUUCCGUCUCACCUGACUCUAAGGGAUUACAUCAAAACUGCUACGCCUUCUGCCAGACGUAUGUACGAGAUCGUGAGAGACCUUGCAGAACACCUUAGUUUUCUACAUAAACGAAACUUGAGCCAUAAUCGUUUGAACGAGGACUCAGUCAUUGUCACCUUGGAUCGGGCACGGUUACGAGCAUACAGUAGGAUUGAUGCGGGCAUUAUUGAAGGUGGCGAUAAAGACGGAAGUGGUGACAUGGAAAGUCUCGGAAAGUUGACGAGAUCGUUACUGUACUGGUAUCAGAAAGAUCUCAAAAGGAAACAGAUAUUGAAAAUUGAACAUGACUGA